AUGGAACAUCCAACAACGGUGCUACAAGGAGGCAAUGCCACCAUCGCGGCGGAGAACCUGGACGUGAUUGCAAUGUGCCGCAAGGCUUUCUGCGCACGCGAUGAUAUCCUCUUGUGCGAGGCGGUGAAUGAGGUCAAGCCAUGGGCCGCGCGAAGUGGGGAAAUCAUGAUGUACUGGGCAAACAUUGCGGACAAGUUGAUGCACACGCGAGGAUUCGCUUUGCGAAAAGACGGCCCAGCAUGCAAGACGCGGUUCGAAAAGAUCGUCAAGAUGAUCACAGGGGGCGAGCAAGAUGUGUUGCGGAAAUCUGGCAGCGAGGACGAGUUUGCUGAACGCGAGCGGCUGGUGAUGGGCAUCUGCAUGCAAAUCGACGAGUAUCAAGCGGCCGACAUCCCAACACGAGCUGUGCUAGACAACGAAAACGGUGGCCCCGAGGGCAGGAAGAAGCGAAAGGCAAACAAACUGAUGAAGGUGGCGAAGCGAGAACGAUUGACGGACUUGUCGGGCCAUCACUAUCUGUCGCCGCGAACGACCACGCGGACAACGCCACCCCCGGACGACUUGCGAGCGUUCUUCGAGUACUUGAAGAAGCGCAUGGAUGUGGACGACGCUCGGGAGGAGAGGCGGCAGACCCUGGACAAGGAGAUGGAGGAUCGACGGGCGGCGGCAGAGGAGCGCCGCAUUGCGUUGGAACUCGAGCGCGACCGCCGCCAACAAGAGUUUAUGCUGCGCGUGCUCGACAUGAUGAAAAAGUAA